UAUAUAUUGGGUUUUGACACCUGCGUAUUUGAAUGUCAGAAGAAGACGUGUCUCACAGAGUUGUCAAUUGGUGGAUUUAAAGCAACUUUUCCGAUUAUAUAUUUAUAACAAAUGAUGACAACAUUCUUAAAGUUUUUGUUUUUGGCGUGCUGGGCCGUCUUAUGCGCGAGGUCAUUGCCGCUGCCUGGCGUGGACUCUGUGGGCAACAGGACUCGGCGAGAUGUCCAUUGCAGAUACGAGCUCGAGUACUCGCAUAACAACCUCUGCUGUGUGCUCUGUCCAGCUGGAACACACAUGACGGCACACUGCACCAGAUCUGGGGAGAUGGGGAAAUGUGAGGCGUGUGACGACGGGUUAACAUUCACCGAACACGGCAAUGAACUGAAUCGGUGUAGGGAAUGCAAACGGUGUCGCUCAGAUGAGGAGCUUGUGAAGCCGUGCACCACCACUCUAGAUGCGGAAUGUCAGUGCAAAUCUGGACGGUUUUGUUCCCCGGACGAAGCCUGUGAAGUGUGCAAGAAAUGUAAAAGGUGUGGAAAGGAUGAGGAGGUUGUGAGGAACUGCACGGCCACCACCAACACGGAGUGCAAGAAAGUCCCGCCCAAGUCUGACCCUGGCUCAGAAAAAACGACACUGAUUGUGACUCUUUCAUUGAUCGGUUCUGGGAUCCUCAUCAUGGGAUGUGGGUUUUUGUGGUGGUGGAAGAAAAGGCAAACGACUGACCCAGAGAGAAAUUCAUCUGAUGACACGAAAACCGGACAGCAUGUCACGGACAAAUGUCUCAACGAAGAAACCCGAAGGCCAAACUGGCAACAACUGGUGAGAACCGUUCCUCAGGCUGGUACGGAGGAGGAACGUAAAGUGCUGUGUGAAAGCCUCAGCAGCUCAGCCAGUAACUCCCAGCGCAGUCUAACCGGCCUGCCCUGCUCCGCCUACAACCCCCCGCAAUGCAGCCUCGCGGUUCCUGUGCCACUGCCCAACAGGAGGAAAGACGAGGACUUCCCCAAACUUGUUCCAGUGAACGGCGAGGAGUCUCUGAGGAAGUGCUUCGAGUACUUUGAGGAGGUCCACUUCAAAUUCCACAAGAGAUUCUUCCGUCAGCUCGGCGUCACCGACAACGUCAUCGACAACGUCAUCAAUAGCAAAGACCACCUUCCCUACGAAGACCGGAUCAACGAGCUGCUGAAGAUUUGGAUAGAGCGGGAGGGCAGGGACGCCAGCUUAAACUCCCUGCUGAAAGCUCUGCUCAAUCUGAAUCAGCGGCGGACGGCGGAGGUCAUCGUAGGGAAAGCUCUCGGCGAUAACCUCUAUGUAUGCGAGUGUUAACGAGGUGCUCUUCUUCUCUAGAGCCCUCAAAAACAAACAAAAAAAAGAAGUGUACUGUGAGGUUCUUGUUGCCUCUGCACAAUCCAUAAUUUGUUGGAUCAGCAUUGCACCCACAGUGUUCUUUGGCUGGUAGUUACACACUACUCUGCCUAAAACAGUUGCCAUCACAAGGAAAUGAGUUUCAUUCAUACCACUUGUGCUUGGUCCAAAGAUGCAGACGUACACCUCGAUUUUACGACGUGUUCAGGCUCUGAAAAAAAAAAAAAAACUUGAGUUGAAGGUUAAGCUGUAGCGAUACCUCACUUCAGUCAUAGUGUUUCAAAGCUUUGUCCCUUUAUUUGGCGACAAAGCUGCAAACAAGGCUACAAAUCAAAUUGUUGUUUUGCAGUCAAAAAAAAACAUGCUUGAUGUCAAGUAAUGAAGUAUUUUAUGUUAGUUCUGCCCUUUCAGUGCUACUUAGUUCUCAUGAUUAACAGCAGGAUCUUCAAAUACACGCCAAAAUAAAUGCUUAGUCUUUUUUGGUCUGUGUGAAAGUAAUUUAUUCUCUUCGGCUCUCUUGUAGGAGCUGAUGGUAAAAUUAUUUAAUUUAAAAUAACAUGUUCUGUGUGUGUAUCUGAUGGUACACUUUAAGACAUUUUAUUUAAUUUUGCAUUUAGUGAAAUUUUCAAAUGUUCCUCAGGUAUGAAUGUCUGCAAUUGCACUGAUUGAGCGACAGAACACUUGAAACAGUAUUUUCAGUUUUUUAAAUGCCUUGUGAUCACUUUUAAGUGAUUACUUGUAUUUAUUAUGGGAAACCAUCUAAUAUAUGUUAGAAUGUUGUCUGCCUGACUAUGUGAUUUACAGUGUUUUAUUAUCGUUGUUAGGCUCGACUUUUAAGGCUCUCUGUUGACCCAAAAAAAACAAAUAUGUUCCUUGGAUGGAUUUGCCCAGGAAUUCUUUAAAUCUUAAAUGUCCAGUGUGUAAGAUUUGGCGGCCUCCAGUGGUGAGACUGCAGAUUGUAAUGAAAGGCGGCAGCUCUUUCACUCACUCCUCCGUGUUUUUGUUUACGUCUAAAUGGGAAUAAACAUAAUUUACUAAAAUGACUUUGUGCUUAUGGGCCACACGGUGGUGUAGUGGUUAGCACUCUCGCCUUGCAGCGACAAGACCCGGUUGGAACAAGGGCCUUUCUGCAUGGAGUUUGCCUGUUCUCCCCGUGUGUGCGUGGGUUCUCUCCGGGUUCUCCGGGUUCUCCGGCUUCCUCCCACAGUCCAAAAACAUGCAAUGUGGGGAUUAGGUAAAUUGGACACUCUAAAUUGACCAUAGGAGUGAGUGUGAGAGUGAAUGGUUGUUUGUCUCUGUCUGUGAGAUUGGCACAGCACCCCCCGCGACCCUCUGGCAGAGGAUAAAGCGGUAGAUGAGCUCAAACUACCGAUUGAGACCAUUGAACUGCAGGAAAAUAUUUUACCGGCAUUGUAAAUCAAUUGGAAAAGUUGAUGCUCAUUUUUCCCAUAGACUUAAAUUCGAACAGAGUUUUUUGGAACGCGAUGGAGUCGCCCCCUGGUGGCUACCUGCUACCCUCAGUCCUACGCCAUCGGCUUCACUAAUCAAACUGGGAGGCGACGUCCAUUUCACUGGGCGGCUCUAAGUAACGCCAGAAAUACAUUUAAAAGGUUAAUUCUCAGGCUGCGAAAUAAAGCGAUUCGUUUUAUGUUUUUAAAGCGAUUCAAUUUCUCCCGAUAAAUCUUAUUAAAUGUCAGACACACACUGGAAGUGAAGAAGAAAAAUGUAUACACUCCUCCCCUAAAUUCCCUGCUCAUGAAGAAAUGUGCCUUAACCAUGUCUCGGUUAAUGAUCUGCUUUUAUAGAAACUCUUUGUUACACUGUUACAUUUAAACAGCUUUUUUAAUUUUUAUUUUUCAGUCCUUUUUCAUACACCGGUUUGUCUGCCUGUUUUUUUUCCAUCUAAUGUUUGAAUGUAUUCACCUGUUGUUUUUUUUACAAGAGAAUCACAACAUGUCAUGCCUUGGAAAAAAAACAAUAAACACAAACUGCCUUAAGAAA